AUGUCUAUUCCCUCUAACCCCAAACUGGACGGCUUCGAAAUCCUCCAACACAACUAUAAGCAUAUCGGCGACCAUGGGAUCCGAGCUGAUAUUUUGAUCCCGAAAACAAAGUAUAACGGUGCUAGACCGCUUAUAAUUCGAACCCAUGGCGGUGCCUUGAUGAUGGGCGAUUCGCUCUACAUGGACUGGUGGCCCCAAUGGACCUCCGAUCUCGCCUUACAAAAUGAAGCCGUCAUCGUCAGUCCAAACUAUCGUCUCCUACCAGAAGCCACUGGGGCCGAUAUCUAUGCCGACAUUGAAGAUUUCUGGACCUGGGUGCACUCAGCCGAGUUCGUGGACUUGUUGGCGAAGCACACAAGCCCGACAAAGGUCGACCUGAGCCGUAUUUUUACCUCUGGAGAUUCCGCCGGCGGCCUUAUCAGCCUGUAUCUCGCACUUUCGCAUCCAACAGAGAUUCGUGCCGCAGUUCUCGCAUAUCCCUUCUUGGACCCUAGCUCAGAAUCAUUCAGUUCGCCCCGCGCGACCGCGCCAUUCAACCAUCCCAUCCCAGAAUCCGUCAUACAUGAGAACAUGAAAGCGGUAGUUCUAGACACCGUCAAGUCAUCAAUCAGUACGCCAGAUAGCCUGGCUUUCAUGCUAGCUGCUGUGCAGCACGGGGCUAUCACGGGAAUGUACGAGCGUGGAUCGCAGGGCGUGCCACGCGAGGUACUCUAUCCCAUGGAGCGCCUAGAGCAGCCAAACCUUCAGAUCCCACAGGGCGGCAUUGCAGUAAUUCACGGCCGCCAAGACACUGUAGUCCCUCUUGGAGAUGUCGAGAAGUUUGUGACUCGGGCAAAACAAGUCACUGAAGGUCUUCCUGGCAACGGGGUGGUUUUGACAGUGCGGGACGGAGAGCAUGGGUUUGACUCGGCUGUCCCGUACGAGGAAGCAUGGUUGAAGGAUGCAAUUAAAACUGCCGUGGAUGCGUGGUUGGAGUGA